AUGGAAACUGUUCAAUCGGCUAUUAACAAGGCGAUAUGCUCAUUGCUGCAUAGCGGUGACGCAGCCCAGCUCGACUACGAAAACAAUGGCGUGCGAAUGUUCGACUCAGUGGAAAGCACUCUCGACGACGUACUCAAGAAAUGCGUUUUGCUCUCGCUGGACAAUCCACGACAAAUCGCGAAUGAUGGAUCAAACCAGCAACAACUUCAAAGGAUUCGUUUAGAACACCAAGAGCUACAGACGAAGACAACCAAUCUGCAAAAGGCGCUCGACAGCUUUAUCGAGGCGGCCGAUAUGGUAGACCAGCCACCGAGCGAAGAACAAAUGGACAGAAUCCAACAGAACAUCGACGUUGCUCAAGAGAUACUUCUCAAAGGGCUCAAUCGUCUGGUUCAGCUCUCCCUUUUCCUGGAACAAAACUCCAAUACGACGCAAUCCGAUGCAAUUACGGACGAAGCUCUUCAGCCACGUCUGGCCCCACUUCCAAUUCCCAAGUUUCGAGGACAACUGUGGGAAUGGGAUCAUUUCUGGAGCAUCUUCGAAGCCGUCAUCCACAAAAGCAACAUCAGCAGGAUCGAAAAGCUUAGUUACUUGCUGGAAGCCCUUCAAGGACCAGCAAUGGAUACGGUGAAAGAGCUUCAAGUCACAGCGGACAACUACGACGUUGCCAUCCAACUUCUCCGAAGGAAAUACGACAACCAAGAAGCAGUCAUCAGCCAACUGCUUCAACAUCUCCAGGAUAUGCGACCGAGAAGCGCAACAAUCGCAGACCAAAUGCAUACCCUCGACAAGAUUCUCCCCGUUCUGGCUCAGCUAGAGCAGAAAGGAGAGAAUACCAACACCCAGCAAAUGCGGCGUACCACCCUGUCAAAGUUCAACGACAGGAUCCAACGAUGGCUGGUCGACGGAGCAUUUGAGCAGAAGCAUCAGGACAUUCCCGUGCUUCCAUUGCAACGAUACCAACCACACACCGAGAUCCUGCCCAAAGUACACCACAAUCGAGCAGCGACUGGAACUGCCAUCAAGCGACGGAAUCUCUGCCACAAUUGCGGAUCACCAGACCAUCGCGCCAAAGGACUGUACCGGUGGAGCAUGCCGACAGUGCAACGAAAAGGGUCAUCACACCUCAAUCUGUCGGAAAGCUCCCAAACCACAAGCAUGGACACCGAAACCAGCAAGGAAUGCUCUUCCAAAGGCUCAACCAGAGGCACCAGCACCAAAGAAGAAAGCAGUGUCUCAAAACUUCGCCGCGGUCGUAGCCAACCAGAGCUCUACAUCCUGCAGGAUCGGCGACCACGUCGUCCUAUGCCAGACGUUCACAUCAUGAUGGACACAGGCGCAGACCAGUCGUUCAUCACGCGCAACUAUGCAGACCACUUAGGACUCGGAAAGACGGGUCAACUGCAAUUAACCAUCCACACGUUUGGCAAUAGCUCUCCGACAGAGCAAUCUUGCGAGACAACCCAGGUCGAAAUCGAGGACCGUCAAGGAGUCCGGCACAGCUUUGAACUGGCAAAAAUCGACUUCAUAACAGGAGACGUCAAGCGGACGGAACUCCACCGCGAAGAUCGACAAUAUCUUCAAGAUCACGACAUCCAGCUGUCAAUUUCGCCACAGAUCCAAACAUUGCAAACUCCCAUUUUGCUGGGUUGUGGCGAUCUCUUCACGUUGUUCGACCAAGGACUGGGACAAAAACACAGCCUUCCAUCAGGAUGA